GUAAUUCCCGGUAUGUACUUCCUUGUUCGGUGUGACAGCGCUUUGCUAACUCGUCUUUUUAGCUAACUGCUGCUCUAGCCUCUCCCACUCAGUCACGAUGUGGAGGACGCCGGUGUAUUAGUGAAAUAAUAACCCGCAUGUCAACGACACUCUUUGGGUCUAAGUCGAAAAGACAGCCGGUGGAGAAUAUUUGGACUCGAUGAAUUGAUCCCCAAAAAUUCGUUAUUAAUUCGUCCAGAGGUGUUCAUUUCACCAGAACCUCCAACAUGGACGACCCCAACAAACCUCGCAAAAUGUCCACGGCAGGGGACAGCCUGUACAAAGUCCUGGGCUUACAGAAGGGAGCAUCGCCCGAUGAGAUAAAAAAGGCCUACAGGAAGCUGGCGCUGCGGCACCACCCGGACAAGAACCCCGACAACCCCGAAGCGGCAGACAAGUUCAAGGAGAUCAACAAUGCCAACUCCAUCCUGAGUGACGACAACAAGCGUAAGAUCUACGACGAGUACGGCUCCAUGGGCCUCUAUGUGGCCGAGCAGUUUGGCGAAGAGAGCGUCAAGUACUACUUCCUCAUGUCCAAGUGCUGGUUCAAGGCCCUGCUGUUUUGUUGCGGCAUCCUCACGUGCUGUUGCUGCUGCUGCUGCUGCUGUUUCUGCUGCGGCAAGUGCAAAUCCUCCGAGGACGAAGAAAGAGACUUCUACGUGGACCCAGAGGACCUCGAGGCGGAGAUCAGAGAGCAGGAGGAAGCACGAGACACUGUAAUUGUUAUUCAGCCGAGCUCGUCUGCCGCCGUCGACGCUUCCGGCAAAGGUGACGCCGCGUCAGGCGAGGACACGCCUAUCGUGAAUCAGCCCCACGCCAGCAACGGCUCCACCAUUUCUGCCGCCGCCACCCCAGCCUCCGUGCAUCUGACGGUGGAGGAGUGAAUGCCCCGAAACGCCCCCCCAUUUCAGAAGUUUGGAUCCGAUUCUAUAUUUUUUUCUUCUCCUUUUUUUUUUAAUGGGACUCCGACUUCUCAGAGGGGCUUCUUUUGUUUACAGCAGCAGUUAUUUGGGGGUUGUUUUUCAGUGCCACAGGGUAUGCUUUUGGAUCCUCUCAUGUUUUAUAAGGAACUGUGCAGAAAGCCGCAGGCCGCCGCCACCACCAGAUUUCCUUUUUUUUUUGUUUUUUUUUUUUUGUCUUAGCACUGUUAGAAUGACCCUUACAACGGGGUUGGGCCAAAAGGAAGUGUACACUUUUAUUGAAUGUUGUAUAAUAUAUUUUUUAAAACUACAUUGACGGUUUUUUCCUCUCCCUCCGUGUUGCUUAUUAUAUAUUCAUAGCAGUGAAAACAAUCCAGAGCGCUCCGUUUGUCCAUCUGUUUUGUAGUUUGCUGGUAGAUGGAGAAUAGUCGAGAGUUGUCGUCAUCAUUCUUGCGGGGGGGGGUUGGAUGUUUCCAAUCGUCCCCUUAUAUGAAUUCCGUGGGUAAAACAAAAAAUGGAUCGCAAUAUAUUUACGUGGUGCACUAUUCCUUCACAAAGGUUUGCGGGUCUUUGGUGCUGUAUUCAUUUCCUUAUGUUAGUUUUACAAGUCACAUUGACUGCUGUCAAAAAACAAAAAAACAAAAAAAAAAGUUCAUUAUAAGAACAAAGCGACCAUUGACCCCAAAUUUCUGCACAGUUUUAUGUCUAUUUGGGAGAGCGUCCCGGACGCCUCUCCAAGCACUUUGACAACACUUGCCAAAAUACGGCGUCCACCUUUACCUACCAACCGGCGCCACUGAAAGCGUAAGAUGCUCUUUAUUCAUCGCCAAAAGUUGGGCUUUGGCUGUGAAAUUUCUGGCCCAACCUGAAAUGCGCGCUCACCUUUCCAGGUGAGCUGAAUUCGAUGGUUGGGGGAAACUUGAGAACAUACAACACGUGGAUCCAUAAACCGAGCAAUCCAUUUAUCAAAGCCGUUCCUUUCUGUGACUCUCCGGGUCUCUCUGCCUUAUGCAAUUUGUCAUUCAGGUUCUUGUUGGAGAGCAGCGAAAGGGUGCCAAAAAUACCGAAAUGCUGAAUAGCUGGACACGUGCGUACAUUCAAGUUGAGAGAAAGUCAAAUGAAGCUCACUUGGAAAUAUCGGAGCGCAGUCUAGGUUGAAAUUUCAAAGCCUUUUGAGUCGCAUAUACGUAAAAUAUAAACACUAUGAUCAUGUGCAAAGCCAAACAUUUGCUAUUUCCAAUUUUUUUUUUUUGUGGCAACAUUACAUGUUUUGAGGUAGAAGCCAACUCUAUAGUUUUUUAAAAAUUUAAUUUAGUUGUAUCCAAACGUGAUCGUUUUGUUUUUUUUGCGGGGGCUCACUCAAAUUCAAAGACCCCCCCCCUCCCCCCCUUUGAAUUUGAGUGUGCCAAGCGGUCCGACAUGAGAAAUGUAUUUAAAUCAUUUUAGUCAAUAACUUGAAUGUCUCUUCUCUUUUUUUUUUUUUUUUUUUUUUGACAUUCCCGUGAGUAUCGCAUUUACUUGCCCAAUGCUGUAAAAAGGUGUUUGUGUUCCUUAUUUUUUUUUUCUUUUUUUGACUGAAUAAACUCAGGUUUCACUGAA